AUGCAGAUCCCCACGCUUCCGCUCAACGACGGCAAUGCUAUCCCCAUGCUUGGACUCGGCACUGGGACCACGUGGUACAAGGACAACCCGGAAGAUCCUCUGAGUCCCCAGCUCGUUGAACUACUCAAGGCAGCUCUUGUAAAUGGCUACGUACACAUCGAUACUGCAGACUCAUACGGAACUGAGCGAGAGGUUGGCCUAGCGAUACAGCAAAGCAGCAUUCCAAGAGCGAAGCUCUUCGUCACUACCAAGGUCCAGGAUGGAUGGAAAGAUGCUCCAGCAGCUCUGGAUGCCAGCCUUGAGAAAUUGCAGUUGGAUUACGUGGAUUUGUACCUUUUGCACAACCCGUACGUGAUUGCCUCUAAUGAAGAUAUACAAGCAGCAUGGAAGGGGCUCGAGAUCGUCAAGGCGCAAGGAAAAGCCAAGUCUAUUGGCAUUUCCAACUUCCAGAGGCAUCACAUCGAAGCCCUUCUCAAGACAUGUACUGUUAAACCAGUAAUAAAUCAGCUGGAAUUCCAUCCCUAUCUCCAGCGUGCCACCGAUUUCGUGCCUUGGAUGCGCGAACAUGGCAUUGGAGUAUCAUCCUUCAAAAGUUUGGCACCAAUCACUGUAGGCAAAGGCAGGCCUCUGGACGAGCUCCUUCAGUCACUCGCAAGCAAGUAUAGGGUAACGGUAUCGGUGGUAUUACUGAGCUGGUGCAUUGGACAAAAUAUUGUUCCCAUUACUACAACGUCUAGCCAGUCUCGCCUUGACGAAUACAGCAUUGCUACUAAAGUAGUGCUGGAACAGGCGGACGUCGAGGAAAUUAGCCAGGCUGGACUCGAGCAUCACUUCAGAUGGUGGGGAAAGGAAAUUUUUUAA